UCAACUCGAUGAGUUUCUGAUUUGAGAAGAACUACAACCAAACAAUCUUUACAAAAUGCUCACAGCUCCUCUAAACCUGCCCAAGUGGUAAGCAAGCUAUCAUUGGAAUUGCCAAAGAGAUCUAUCUUAACGGUUCUAAUAGGCUCGAAGAGAACUCUCAUCUCUUGAAGCCUCCGAUUAAUAAUUACUGCGUUUACAACAAAGAUGUGACUGUUAUGGUAAGAAACUCUUCUCUCAUCAUCGUCGCAAAACAUUUCUAAGCUUCGCAGAUUGUAGGAGGUCCAAAUGCACGAACUGAUUAUCACAUCAACGAAACUGCAGAAUGGUUUUACCAAUACAAGGGAGCUAUGAUGUUGAAAGUGGUGGAUGAAGGCGAAUUCAAAGACAUAAUCAUCGGGGAAGGAGAGAUGUUCCUACUGCCACCAAAUACUCCGCAUAACCCCGUCAGAUUCGCAAAUACAGUGGGCAUUGUCCUGGAGCAACCGAGACCGAAGGAAUCGUUAGAUCGGUUAAGAUGGUAUUGUACCAGUUGCCAUGAAGUGGUGGAGGAAGCCGCUUUCCAUUGCACGGAUUUAGGCACGCAGAUAAAGGAAGCUGUGAAUAGCUUCAAAGAUAGUGAAGAGAGAAGGAAAUGUAAGAAUUGCGGGACUGUUGCGGAAUCUGCACCACCGCCUGGGUCUAUCCAGGAUCCAAAUCUUUCUUGAUUGACAAGAAAAGAAAUAAUGAUUGAACGAAUGCAGUUUAUUGAAUGAAGUCUAAACUUAAC